ACCCGCACAUAUCUCAAAAAGUUUCCGACAGUCAUGCGAGGGAAACGAAAUUCUCGUCAGUUCCUUGUACACUACACGACGUUUUGAUGUCAGGUCACCAUCAGCUUGUUUACAAACUAUCACGAUAUAUUUCACGUGGAAAUUAACGUGACACAUUUGUUGCUUCAGAGAAAAUCUUAAACUGUGAAAAGGGAGUAAAAUUAUUGGCAAUGGAAAAUAGAAGAGGAAAGGGAAGAGAACUUCAGUUAGCAGGUGAAGAUGGAACUAAUAGAAAAUGCCAGGCAACCCAGUUAGACAAAAUGAAAACAAAAGCAGGUUUUAUUCCAGGACAUCAUGAAGCCGAGAUCUGCAAUGGAGGUGAAGCUAAUUUACCUAAGCGCUAUACUAGCUGUAAGAAGAAUCCAGGUCAUGCCAGGUUUAUACCUGUUAAUGAUUUUAACUUGAACCAUCUCCCUUCACGUUACCAUGACGUCAUCAUGUUGGAGGUAAUCAAAGCUUUGUCUGCCCUAACGGUCCUGGUAAAGGUCAAUUAUACCAGCCAGGUUAGGCCAAGACGUACUAAUUUAUUUAUUGGCCAAUACCCAUUUUAUAACACCAGAGGAACUGACGUGUUGAGGACAGGGACGGGAAGGGUGUAUCAGGUGGACAAGUACACAAAGAGUGACAACAAGGGCACUUGUCCAUGUGGCAAGUGUCAACACUCGGACACACCCAGCAAAGUGUGGGGGGAGGUCCAUGUGAGGACAGCCACACACGUGGUGUUUGAUGAGAGUGAGGCGAGACAGACCAGGUGUGUUGUAGGUUUUGAUGACAAUAAAAGUCCUGGGGUCGGUCUUGAUGGCUGGAAGGUGAGGAAGGCAGACGUUGAUGGAGACUGGUGCUUGUUUUCAUGUGUGUCAUGUGACUUAGAGUUAGUUGAUCAACUUGACAAGGCUUAUCGGAACUUUGAUGAUCUUUGGGAAAAAGUUAGUGAAAAAUACACUCAAUUUGUUGAUGUGGACAAAUUGACCGUUAUAGUGUCACAUCCUCAUGGCUGUCCUAAAAAAGUCUCCGUAGGACAAUGGACACAGAAACAUGUUAGGGACGAUGGCUGGUACAAGUACAUGUACACAACAUGUACAUGUCCAGGCUCCAGUGGAGCGUGUGUCUACAUGCCGGGGUAUGUAAGGUGGCGACAUCCCCACAGUGGAUCAAACUCUGAAGGAAAUUACAGUGGGAAUGGUUGGACUUAAUCUGUCUGUAACUGUUAAUUUUCUCUUCUUGCCUACACAAUGUUAACAAACAAACUUACGAUUUCCUUGAGUACACGUGUAUGUGUCAAGCUUUUAAUGUUUUCAUUUGCUUUAUAUUCUAGUGUAGACAUGAAAGACAAUAAAUAAAUUGUUUAGUUUGUUAGACGUUAUAAAAACAUAACCAAAAUUCUAAAUAAAUAUGCAAUGCAGAAAUAUGUAUUCUGUUCUGUU